UUAAUGCUGAUUGUGAAAUGCCCGUGAAAGCAUUGUAUCUCUCCUACACCCACUUAUAGGAUUACAGUCUCGGUUUGAAGGCACCAUUCACGAUUUAUUUUUCCUGAUGGAGCCUUUUAAGGCCGCUGUUAUUCUCUGUCUCGUUACUGCCUUCAAUGGUGGUCGAUCGGAAUUUCAUGGGGAAUUGGAAUCACAAAAGUUUGAAAACAGUCGUAGUCUGCAUAUUCAUAGUAUUAGAAAACGUGAUAUAGGAGACGGUGAUGAGACAAGCCAAGAAACAGACAACUAUCAGGAUACCGUUGGUCAGGAUGAAAUUUACGAUCAAACUACGGACGCCUUUUACCAAAACUUAGAUUAUACAGGGGACAUCAUACAGAGCGACACAGAAACUUCAGACGACACAUUUGAAAAUGCUGGAGGCGAGCAAUAUACAGACCCCAGUCAAAUGUUAUCAGAUGAUUACCCAACCACGGCUUAUGAUCAAGGCGAUGGAAAUGAAAAUGGUGAUGAUAUUUAUUAUAACAAUUAUGAUCAAACUAUGGAUGCUCAGCAGUCAGAUUAUGGAGGAGACUACACAGAGGGCGACGUAGGCACUUCUGAAGGAACGCUUGGGAUUACUGGCGAUGAGACCUACGAUUAUUCAUCAUUGACUUCUACACAAGGGGGUGUAAGCGAUUCCGGUUUGGACGAGGGAGUGGGAACGGGUAGUGACUCAGGAGAUGGACAACAGUGUAAUAAGUGUGGUGGCAAAGACGAUUCGGCAGAUGAAGCGAGCAGUGAUUCAAAUGACAGAGGCAAUGAUAAUUCAGAUUCAGAUGGGGGAAGAAAUGAUUCGGGUGAAAGAAAAAGCUGCAAUAAAUGUGGUGGUAAAGACGAUUCGGCAAAUGAAGCGAGCAGUGAUUCAAAUAAUAAAGGCAAUGAUAAUUCAGAUUCAGAUGGGGGAAGAAAUGAUUCUGGUGAAAGAAAAAGCUGCAAUAAAUGUGGUGGUGAAGGAGGAGGUUCUGAGGGAGAGGCAGAUUCCAAUUCAGAUGAUAGGGGUGGAAAAGAUUCGGGAGGAGACAAUACAAACAGUGACUCAGGGGAUGAACAAGACUGCAGCAAAUGUGAACGUGAAGGUGAUAAAACUGGAGAGAGAAGUAAUUCAGAUUCAACUGGGGAAAGAAAUGACUCGGGUGAUAGAAAAGGCUGCAAAAGAUGUGGAGGUGAACUGAAAACAACUGAUGAUGUAACAGAAUCUGAUUCCUCUGAUGAAGGCGAUAGUCAUUCCGGACACAGAAUAAGUUCAAGCUCAGGAGAUAAAAGAGAUUGCAAUAAAUGUGGUGGUGAAGGUGGAAGUUCCGAGAGAGAGGCAGAUUCCAUCUCAGAUAAUAGGGAUGGAAGUGAUUCUGGGGGAGAUAAUGCCGACAGUAAUUCAGAAGAUGGACAAGACUGCAGCAAAUGUCGGGGCACUGGUGGUAAAACUCGUUCAGAUUCAGAUGAUGGAGGCAAUGCUGAUUCAAAUUCAGAUGAGGAGAGAAAAGACUGCAAUAAAUGUGGAGGUAAGCGGGAAACAACUGAUGAUUUAACAAAAUCCGAUUCCUCGAUCAGAGAUGCUAGUUAUUCCGCAGACAGAACGAGCUCAAACUCGGGAGAGAAAAGAAAUUGCAAUAAAUGUGUACGUAAAGGUGGAAGUUCCAAUUCAGAUGAUAGGGGUGGAAGUGAUUCUCGGGGAGAUGAUACGGACAGUGACUCAGGAGAUGAACAAGACUGCAGCAAAUGUUGGGAUAAAGGUGGUAAAUCUGGGGACGGAACAUAUUCUGAUUCCGAUGAUGAAGACCGUAGUAAUUCCUACAACUCAGGCAAAGAUUCAAAGGACGUAGAACAGGUAGAAUCGGGCAUGAAAAUGGCCGAAACGAUAAUGAAUGAUCAUAGGAAGGAUAGCAUUGACAAUUCAUAUAAUAAUGUUCCAGGGAGCAUAAGCAGUUCAACAUCUCAAUUAAUCUCGCUUGAUACAAGAGACAGGUUUAAGAAAGAAAGUACUGGCAUUCCGAUUCGACCCGAUUCCUCUUGGCAGAAUCCUUCCUCAUCUAUAAUUACCAAUCCUAAAAAUUCUGAAAAUAGCCAAAACAUCGUAAAGCAACUAGAAAAUUAUUAUGAUGCGGGGAUUAUUACGGGUUCCUCUGAUGGUGGUAUUGGAGGAUUAAUGAGUAGCGGAAGAGGCACUGGUUUUGAAAAUGGUAAAGAUACUUCCAGCCAUUCAAGUAAUACCAUCGACACUGGUAUGACAUCGGUAUUUUCAUCAUCAGUUGCAGUAUCUCCAGUAUCUGAUAGCACUGGAGGCAAUGUCAACAUCCUCAUAUCUGAAAAAACUUCCAAAAACCAAGAGCCAAUCGUUGACUCAGCAUCUAGUUAUGUGGAUAACUCUAAAUCUUCUGGUGGAUUUGUGGAUCUAUCGAUCAAAGGAAAAGCAGUCGAACGUAGCAACCAAGGUACAGAUCCUUUUAUGAAAACUAGUGAUAAUAUCCCCAAGACAGUUCAAAACAUUCCUGCUACGUCUUGGAAAGAUUCUACGUUGGAUACCAGCUCCACGUUUUCUGAGAAGACUCAAGGUAUUCCUGUACAACCCGAUAACAGUUAUGACACAGGUGUAACCUCUGAUUCUUCAGCAGGAAGUGUAGGACUUUCCGUUGAUUCAUAUUAUGGUCCUGUUGAAACAAUUCAUAGUGAACAAGUUAAUUACAUUCCAGCCUCUCCGUAUUCUACAUUCAUUAAAUCUGAACAAACCCCUGGAUUGGAAAGUACCUCUGUUUUAACGUCUCUCCCUUCUGAACCUUUAACCUCUAACUUUGUGGAACCUUCUGUACCAGGAGGAAGUAUAGUAGAAAGUAACACUCAAAAUGCAGAUCAGUAUGUACCAAAACAAGAACCACAAGGUUUAAAUUUGAACAACUACCAAGAUAGUGGAACAGUUCAGGGGGUCCCUUCAACAGCUGAAUCAACAAUUUCAGAAAGCCUCGGAGGUAAUGUUAACCCAAUUGUCAUUGAUACACUUUCCCAAAACCUUGAACAAACAGUCGGCUCAACAGCUGAUAAUAAUAUCCCUGCUUCUUCCGGUGGCUAUACCGAUCUGUCUCUUAAUGGCAAGGUAGUAGAAACAAGUAAACAAGUUGAAAACUUUUUUAUGGAAAAUAACGGUGGUAAUCAAGGUCCAACAGAUGUGACCUGGCAGAAUCCUUCCACAAAUCAGGAACUAUAUACAUCCCAGGCAAAUCAAGGUGUUCCUGUUGACUCAUCAACCACAUAUGUAGAUAGUGUUUCGCCUGGUGGAUAUACAGAUAUGUCCUUUAAUAACAAUGUAAUGGAAGUCCAACAACCAAGAGGAAACACCGUUGAAGAAAGUAGCGUUGGAGUCCCUGUUCAAACAGAUGUAUCUUGGCAGAGUCCUUCAACAAAUCCGGAUCUCUACACAUCCCAGACAAAUCAAGGUGUCCCUGUUGAUUCAUCAGCUACAUAUAUAGAUAACAGUGUUUCGCCUGGUGGAUAUACAGAUAUGUCCUUUAAUAACAAUGUAAUGGAAGUCCAACAACCAAGAGGAAACACCGUUAAAGAAAGUAGCGUUGGAGUCCCUGUUCAAACAGAUGUAUCUUGGCAGAGUCCUUCAACAAAUCAGGAAUUCAAAACAUCCCUGAGGAGUCAGGGUAUUCCUGUUGAUUCAUCAGCUACAUAUGUUGAUAAUUCGGCUGGGGGUUAUGUAGAUAUGUCCCUUAAAAGCAAAGUGGUAGAAGCUAGUCAACCAAGUGGAAGUACAAUUGUAAAAAGUAGCAGUGGAGUACCCGUUCAAACCGAUUUUUCUUGGCAGAAACCUACCGUAAAUGCCGAUUACAAAACUUCCGGAGUAUUUCGAGGUAAUUCUAUUCAGACGGUAUCUUCUCGGCAAGGUUCCUCUACAAUAACUGGCUCGGGAGGGUUUGUGGAUUUAUCCCUUAAAGGAAAGGGCAAGCUUGCAAAAGAAAAUCAACAAGUUCAGGGCAUUGCAGUGGGUAAUUAUGUCAAGGAACCUUACGAAGUGAAAUCUUGGUCAUAUUCUACAAAAUCAAAAGGAACUGAUAUAGGUAUUCCUGAUGGAGCCAUAGAUAUUGCUGGGAGAAUAGAACAGCAAAUGGGUUCUACUGCAUCGAGGUACCAAUUAAACAGAGAACCACAGGCUUUUAUAAAUGAGCCUCAAGUAGUAACAGUAAAUAGUGCUACAAUGAAAAAGAAACCAUCUAAAAUAUUUUUAGCAAUUACCAGUAAAAUAAGAGAAGCAGACGGGUCUUCAGCCUACCAGUAUCUUAAGGAUGAAGUUAAACAAGUUGAAAAUCCAGGCGGUGGUUACAUUAAAAUAUACAGAAACCAACCCGGUGGCUCCAAAGAAAUGGAGAGGGUAUAUGUAAACUUUCGUCAGCCAUCAGCAGUUGUUAAAAAAACUUUCACUAGGACCGUUGACAUUCCAGGAAAUAAGACGAGAAUGUUUAACACAGGGCAGAGUGGUUCUGUCACCAUUAACGUCGGAGGUCAAACAAACAAUGGUAUCAACGUUCGUCAUUCGUCACCGGUCGUUCGAGAAAGCACAUUUACGAGAACUGUGAACAUGCCUAGCAUGCGGAGGAGAGUGUUUAAUACAGGAGGAGAUGGCUCUGUCAGCAUUGGAUUUGGAAGCCAGACCAACAAUACUGCUGAGAGUAAUGGGGCAUCGUCCCGUCUUACUGGAUCUAUGUCUCUAAAUAAUAUCGGAGUACAAGAUGGGCAUGAUCAUUCAAAUUUCGGACAUGUGACACAUACUACGUACGUAGAAGGUCAGCCUCUUUUUGGAACUGUUAGCGGGAAAGUGAUUAAUAUUGGUGGUGCAAAGGUUCAGUCUGACCAUGGUCAUGCUCACGGUGAGCAUACAGUUAACGGUGCUGAAGUGUCAUUGCCUACAGGGCACUUCCAUGUACACAGUAAUGGAGGUCGGCAUAUAGUCCACACCCAAAGACACGAAAAUGUCAAUGAAGACACCUACAAGAAAGUGAUGGACAUAAUCAACCGUAGGAAAGCUAUGAAAUCAGGCUCUGUGUCUAUACCUAUUGACUCAUCUAUUUCCACCAUCAGGAGAGUCGAAACUCAAGUUGGGGCGAACAGUGGACUUGGAGAAUCAUCAGACCGCAAGUUUAACAGCAGAUCGUUUCAGUUUAAGGAAGUGUCCCUGCCCACGAGUUCAUUCCAUGUUCACACCGCCGGAAACAGACAUAUAGUACACAAUCAAAAGAACGAAAUUGUAGAUCCGACAAGGUAUAAAAGUGUUAUGGAUAUGAUGAAGCGUAGGCCAUCCCGCUUUACAUCUCGUCCGUUUGCCUCCUCUUUCUCCACGUCUGGGAGUGCAACUGAGAAUGUUGGGGUGACAGGUAUUCCUAUCCGCAUUUAAAUUCAAGAGAAAGAUCAUCCUUUCAAGAGUUAAAAUUAACAUGUACAGAACUUUACCUUAAUAUAUACAAAACGCUCAUGAUUUUUAAUAGUAAACAUUAAUCGUGGUUUUAUCCUUGAAGGUCAGUUUAGACACUAUGCAUGUAUACUAGUAUAUUUAAAUCAAUUUGUCCGCUCUUGAGAGUAUAUUUCUUGAACUUUUUUGCAUGGUAUAUCAAUUUGUAUUUAUUUAAAUACCGGUAAAUGUUCAAGAAACAUAGCAAUUAUUUGAAUAUAUAUUUUACGUUUUUUAAAGUUGGAAAUUUCACAUAUUACAAUUUCUGGAAUUUUUACGGAAACAAUUUUCUAUGUAUAUUUUUAAAGGCAAAUUUAAAAUUUCGAGAGUUGAAUCAGAAUAAUAUCUCCGACUCAGGUUGAUUACAUCAAUUGUUAUGAAGAUUUCACAUUACACGUUAUUGGCAUUUCACUGCGUAAAUUUCAAAUUUCAGACCAAGAAUUUAUAGUAGAUUUUCGUUGAAAUUACGUAUGAAUGUACUUGCGCAUGUUAUACGUGUGUCUUAAUAUUAAAUCUUCAUAAUCGGUUCUGUAUUCUUUUUUCUACAACACAUUUAUGACGUUUAGAUUACUAGUACUUAGAGAAUUUGUUGUGUUCCUAGCUGAAUUUAUUAGAAGUAGAAUGUUAUAGUUAUUGAUAUAGAACUACAUAGUCUAAAACUGCCAUUCUCCGAAACUCAGCCGUUAAUACUGUUCAACAGUUCGAUUUCUACAUGUAUUUUUGUUGGAACUUUUGUAAAUAAAAUACAAUGAAUAAAUUACAAAUUGUA